ACUGUCGGAUGCGGAGCUGAACAUGGCACACAGGAACAUCAACAUGGAGUACGUCAAUGUACCCAAGACGCCAUCUAGCUCAUCCAACGAUCAGAAGUGGCUGAGAUUGGUUCUUUUGAGUUUUGGACUACUGUGCAUCCUUCAAGCUACGCUCAAUGUUACUCUGCGCAUUUUUCUCUCCACCGAUACAAAUGCUCUGGACCUAGAUGGGACUUGUAAGAAUUUCACUGUUAAGAAAAAAGAAGAUUUUGCUCCAUUUUUCCAAGAUAAUUGGGUGUACUUUAACACAAGCCUCUACUACAUUUCCACUGCUAAGAGAAACUGGGAGAACAGCAGAAGAUUCUGUAUGCAGAGAAACGCAGACUUGAUCGUGAUCAACAGUAAACAGGAGCAGGAAUUCGUAAGGACGUUUCAUCGCUUCAUGUGGAUCGGACUUACGAUGACACAGGGGAAGUGGAUGUGGGUGGACAACACUCCGCUGACCACAAGCUACUGGGGUCCCGGUGAACCCAGCAUGAAUCUUGAAAAUGAAGACUGUGUUGAAUCGAGAUUCUUUGAAGUAGAACAUACAUGGAACGACUUGAAGUGUGAAGAUAUCAACUUCUGGAUCUGUGAGAAGAUAAUGCCUCUUUAAAGCUGCGAUGUGCAGCACAUAUUAAAUGGUACAUAACAGCAGUGAUAACUGUUUGCUAUGCGCCCCAUCAACCCACCCCUUUCACAUAGUACUUUCAAGUUCACAAUUUCAACAACAAUAGCAAAGGAUAUUAACUGGAGAGCUUCACCAAACUGCAAAGAAGGGCAAAUGUUUGGUGAAGUUGUUAAAGAUUAGGCCACUCUCAACAACAUAUUGUCCUUUUAUCAGUAUAGUGUACUCACAGGAGGUGUUCUAAUUUGCUUGUUUCCGGCUUUA